AUGGAAAAGGACCAAAGGGACCGGGAGCUGGGAAAGGACCUGGUGGGGGAUCUCAAGUACCUGGGUCUAACCCUGGUGAGAAAGGAUCAGGAGGUAGUACUGGUAAAGGACCUCAAGGACCUGGGUCUAGUUCUGGAGGAAAAGGACCAAGCGAUAAUAAAGGAAAAGGACCCAAAGGACCGGGAUCAGUACCCGGAGGCAAUCAUGGUACAGGACCAAAUGGACCGGGAGCCGGGAAAGGACCUGGUGGUGGAUCACAAGGACCCGGGUCUAGUCCUGGUGGGAAAGGACCAGGUGGAAGUAGUACCGGUCCUGGGUCUACUUCUGAAGGAAAAGGACCGGGUGGAAGUAAUGGAAAAAGACCACAAGGUCCUGGGUCGGGACCUGGGAGCAAUGAAUCUGGCGGUAACGACGGAAAGGGAACUCAAGGUCCUGGGUCUAGUCCUGGAGGAAAAGGACCAGGCGGUGGAUCACAAGGAAAAGGAUCAGGUGGAAAUACAGGAACAGGGUCGG